GGAAGGGUCGGGGGAUCCCUCCGCCGCCAGCGCGUGGUCCCGGCCCCCUCCACCCGCCGUCUCGGCUGCGGCCAGCUGCCCCUGCCCCCCGGGGGACGCUCACGGCCGCCGGGCGCACAGUCCUAGCAUACGGACAGGGGGCGCUGCGCGCGGCCUGGGGCAACCCGGGCCACAGGGGCAGGAAAGUGAGGGCCCAGGUCGGCCCGGGCGUGCAGGGGCCCCGGGUUAGCAGCAGUGGCCGCGGCAGCAAUAGCGGCACUAGCAGCAGCGAGAGUGCCGGGUUGAGCCGGGAAGCCGAUGGCGGCGGCGGCGGCGGCUCCGAUUCCUCACUGACUGCCCGUCCGCCCUCCUGCAUUGAGCGCCAUGUUACCGAGCCAAGCUGGGGCCGCGGCGGCUCUGGGCCGGGGCUCGGCCCUGGGGGGCAGCCUGAACCGGACCCCGACGGGGCGGCCAAGCGGUGGAGGCGGCGGCGGCGGGACUCGCGGGACUAACGGGGGCCGGGUCCCCGGGAACGGCGCGGGGCUCGGACCCGGCCGCCUCGAGCGGGAGGCUGCAGCGGCGGCAACCACCCCGGCGCCCACCGCGGGGAACCUCUACAGCGGCAGCGAGGGUGACUCGGAGUCGGGCGAGGAGGAGGAGCUGGGCGCGGAGCGGCGCGGCCUGAAGCGGAGCCUGAGCGAGAUGGAGCUCGGUGUGGUGGUCGGUGGGCCCGAGGCGUCAGCGGCGGCCACGGGGGGCUACGGGCCGGUGAGCGGCGCAGUGAGCGGUGCCAAGCCGGGCAAGAAGACCCGGGGCCGCGUGAAGAUCAAGAUGGAGUUCAUCGACAACAAGCUGCGGCGCUACACGACCUUCAGCAAGAGGAAGACCGGCAUCAUGAAGAAGGCCUAUGAGCUGUCCACGCUGACAGGGACACAGGUGCUGUUGCUGGUGGCCAGUGAGACAGGCCAUGUGUAUACCUUUGCCACCCGCAAACUGCAGCCCAUGAUCACCAGUGAGACCGGCAAAGCACUGAUUCAGACCUGCCUCAACUCGCCAGACUCUCCACCCCGCUCAGACCCCACCACAGACCAGAGAAUGAGUGCCACUGGCUUUGAAGAGACAGAUCUCACCUACCAGGUGUCGGAAUCUGACAGCAGUGGGGAGACCAAGGAUGCACUGAAGCCGGUGUUCACAGUUACCAACCUGCCAGGUACCACCUCUACCAUCCAAACAGCACCCAGCACAUCUACCACCAUGCAAGUCAGCAGCGGCCCCUCCUUUCCCAUCACCAACUACCUGGCACCAGUGUCUGCUAGCGUCAGCCCCAGUGCUGUCAGCAGUGCCAAUGGAACUGUGCUGAAGAGUACGGGCAGUGGCCCUGUCUCCUCUGGGGGCCUUAUGCAGCUGCCUACUAGUUUCACUCUCAUGCCUGGUGGGGCAGUGGCCCAGCAGGUCCCAGUGCAGGCCAUUCAGGUGCACCAGGCCCCACAGCAAGCGUCUCCCUCUCGUGACAGCAGCACAGACCUCACGCAGACCUCCUCCAGCGGGACAGUGACGCUGCCUGCUACCAUCAUGACGUCGUCCGUGCCCACAACGGUGGGUGGCCACAUGAUGUACCCUAGCCCCCAUGCAGUGAUGUAUGCCCCCACAUCGGGCCUGGCUGACGGCAGCCUCACCGUGCUCAAUGCCUUCUCCCAGGCGCCAUCGACCAUGCAGGUGUCCCACAGCCAGGUCCAGGAGCAAGGUAGUGUCUCCCAGGUAUUCCUGACAGCACCACCUGGGACAGUGCAGAUCCCUGUUUCGGCAGUUCAGCUUCACCAGAUGGCUGUGAUAGGGCAGCAGGCUGGGAGCAGCAGCAACCUCACCGAGCUACAGGUGGUGAACCUGGACGCCGCCCACAGCACCAAGAGUGAAUGAUCCGCCCUGCCGCCCUGGACAGAUGGCCCAAGGGAUGGCACCACUUAUUUAUUGUUGCCUUUUCACGUUUUCUUUACACACACAUUGACGGGCCGCUGGAGGGAGGCGGGGAGGAGGAGUGGGCAGCCGCAGGACUGAGCCCUCUCACUCCAGCCAAAGAAAUGGGCCUGCUUGCCCUCCACCAGUCCUUCCUCACCCUCCCGUCUUUCUAGCUCCACCUCCCAUUUCUUUUGAUGGUGGGGCUGUCCUUCCUCAGAUUCCCCUCGCCAGCUUGGCUCGAUGUUUGCCAUGAGUAUUAGCUUACCCAAUGGGACCUUGCCCCACCUUCCCACACACAGGCCUUCUGUGGGAUGGGGCACCGUGUCCUCCUCUGAGGAAGCAGUAGGGGCCCUCUCUCCAGCCUCCUUGCUGACUCCAGGUCAGCACUGUGUCUGCCACAGGCUGGGUCGAAAGAGCCCUGCCCCUGCCCCUCAGGGAGCCAGCCGGGGAGAUGGGAGCUCCUUCCCUCACGCCGCUGCCCUCUGCCCCUUCAGCUCCUGGGUAGCUGGGCCUGUGUACUGGGCAGGUACCUGGGGCCACCUGCCCUGCCUUGCCGCUCCCCUUGGACCUCCAGGGGCUCCUGGGUUGGAGGGAACCACCGGUGUUCCCUUCUUCGCCUUGUCUUCCCCUCUCUCCUCCCAGCUGCUUUACUUAAAGUUGAUUUUGAACUUUUUAUUUGAGACGAAGUGAAAACAAAUCUAUAAAUAUAUAUUUUUAAAUAUUUAACUUUUUUUUAUGGCGUUUUUCUCGUCCCCCUUCCUGCCCAAACUCCCCUUCCCUGGGGAGCCCUUGGGCUCCCCAGAACUGGCUGGGCCCCUGGGGACAGAGCCACCCCAUGAGCUCGGGGUCCACCAGUGUGUGGGGGAGAUUCUGGGAUUACCCGGUCCUGGAUUGUUUUCCAGGAGAAAGCCGGGGGAGGGGCCCUCAGGCCAUGCCCCAACGGGGUGGGGAGAGUGACCCACAGCUCUGGGCCUCUUUUUGCCCUUUAGGGCUGUUGCUAGGGAGAGGGA